UCACUCAAAUCAAUUUUGUAAAAUCCAUUCAAAAUGUCAGUUGCUGUAUUCACUUCGUAUAGUCUCUCCGCACCCUCUCUCCCAUCCAUCAAAAGAUUCAAAACCCAAGUAGAGCAAACCCUUCCCCUUCGAUCUUCGCCAUUAACACCUGCUCUCAAGCUUCAAAAAAGAGGGCUGUGCGGCAUAUGCUGUUAUAAGGAUAAUGAUUCAAAAGAAUCCGUUAAAGAGGAAAAGAGAUUAGAAUGGCGAAUAUUGAAACGUUGGGAUGUUCCAUGGAAUUGGCAAACAAUCUCACUAACCUCGCUUGCUUGUGGAAUAAGUUUUGUUUUGACAGGACUAAUUGAAGCAGCAGCAGUAGAGUACUCAGGGAUUCAAAUCGAGGAGUUAAGUUUGGAUGAGAAGGCGGAGGUCUUGUUUUUGGAUCAAGGAAUUGCAACUACAGUGGUUCUCGCGGUUUUGUAUAGUCUGACAAAGUCAUUCUCUCCCCUUCCUGAUGACAUAUAUCGAUAUGAUUGGAGGGAUCCCUUCAAUCUUCAAAAAGGCUGGCUGCUAUGGGCGGGGAUUGGUCUCGGUGGAGCUUUGGCUGCCAUUGCUGGAACAGGAGUUGUGAUGUCUUUUUUCAAUGGUGAGCCGCCACAGAGAGAGACUGAUGCCCUUGUGCGCUUGCUUCCACUUAUCGGAUCUUCGAGUAUCAGCACUGCUGCUUUGGUGGGUAUUGUAGGUGUGCUUGCUCCUAUUCUCGAGGAAACUGUCUUUAGAGGGUUUUUCAUGGUAGCUCUCACCAAAUGGUUGCCAACGCCUCUUGCUGUGCUCGUCAGUGCUGCUGUAUUUGCAGGAGCACAUCUCACUCCGGGCGAAUUUCCUCAGCUGUUUGUACUCGGAACGGCAUUAGGGCUAACUUACGCUCAAACACGCAACCUUCUAGCACCAAUCACUAUCCACGCCUUAUGGAACUCGGGUGUCAUAUUGCUUCUAACCUUCCUUCAGCUGCAGGGUUAUGACAUCAAGGACUUGUUGUUACAAGGCUCGUAUUGAAUUGAAGACCUUUCUAGAAUCUUCCUGAAUCGACUGUGUUAGAGCUCUUUUUCCAUAUUCGAGAAAUGUAUAUGCUAGUAAUUCUCAACAGGAAUGUUACUCUAAUAAAUUGUACACAUUAUCCACCCCAAUCAAUUUCAGUUGCUCAUAUUGUUCAUCUGCA